UCAAAGUGCUCAGUGGUUCGAUAUCAGACGUGGGGGGUUUAAUAGCAGGCUGAUAUCUUCCAAGACCAGACAGGGAAGCAAACCAGGAUAGGGGAACAAAACAGGAAGGAACAGAAGAAAGGGAACGUCCAAAAGAGAAAACAAGAGGAAGAAGAAUGGCAGUUAAGAAGAAGAAGAAGAAGAAGCGUGGGAUUGAAAUGUAAUUUGGCUGCUUUCUUCAACCACCAAAAGGAACUUGAGGCCGACGAUCACGAGGCAGACCAUGACGUUAUUGCUUGGAUGCGCAACAGCAGCAAACAGUCACUCUUUCUUUCCCUGGGGUUUCAUCUCCAUAUUCGGCUCAUUUCUUCUUCAUUCCCCCUAGCCUGCACACCAAGUAGUAAUCAGGUCUUCUUCUUCCUCUUCUUUCUCGUCUUCCCCCUCCUUCUAGGCUAUGAUUUCAUGGUCCAGGCGGGUCAAUGAAUCCCCAUCAUCUGGUACGUCCAGCAGACGGACCGAUCUGAAGCUAACCCACUACACUAACCGUGCGGGCGGCAACGGUUGCUGCUGCCCGCUGCAAGUCCCCCAUGCAUCUACCAACUAUGAUCAUGCUACUUUUCCUAGCUUGCAGGAAAAAAGGAAAUGACCAGAAAUGACGCUGAUUCAAAUAGCUCUAUCCAUAGUAGAAAA